CCUACCCGCUCUCUCGGAGUCUUAUAACGCGAUCAUCUUUGAACUUCGAUUUGUUCCAUCUCUCGACGCAAGUAGCUCCCGAACUGGCGUUUGCUCAGGCAACUCUGGAGGAAGACUCCGAAUCCAGUAGUUGCGGGGUUGUAAGAGCCCUGUACGACGCCCUGCGGACGAGCGACGUCGACACUGUGCACCGCAUCGUCGCACCAGACCUGGAGUGGUGGUUCCAUGGUCCGCCCACCCACCAGUUUUUGAUGCGCCUCCUGACCGGCAUCGCCACGCCAAAAGAAGACCGGUUCGAGUUCGUCCCCGACAAGAUCACCUCCCUGGGCCCCAUCGUCCUAGCCGAGGGCUGCGACCAGGGCCGCUCAAUCUGCUGGGUCCACGCCUGCACGGUCACUCAUGGGGUGAUCACCCAGGUCCGGGAGUACUUGAACACUUCCCUCACCGUCACCUGCCUCGGAUCAGUCGGCAAAAACCUCCCCGACAUCGCCUCAACGUCCUCGUCAUCGCCGUCGUCCCAGCCGCAUUGGCCUUCCGUUUGGGAGAGCAGCCUCUCGAGUCAGGUCGGGAAGUCCGUUCCCGGGCUGGUCUUGGCCAUAUAACAAAGAAACGGACAUUUAAUUACAGCUCGCACACACGCCAGUGGCUGCCGUGCUCUAUUUGACUUUGUCUUUCCUGAGUGGCAUCCGACGUACGUUAGAGAUGUGAACCGCCAAGCUAUUUAAGUUAAGGUCGCGUUUUGGUCUAGUGUCUGUCGUUUUUCAUCAUCGUUCUUGCCGUAUUGAGUGUUUAUCGUGUUAGUCGUGAUGUGUCGUCCAGGUACUCUCGGUGUUAAUAGGUCUGCAAUGUUGAAUUACUAUCAUUCUAUAUCAAUAAAAUGGUUUACAUGGAAUUGGAUUAUGAA